AUGGCUGACAAGGGUCUUGAGGAUCUCGCCGAGGGGCAGAUCGAGUCUAACUACGAUGAGGUUACCGACUCAUUCGAUGCUAUGGACCUGAAGCCCGAGCUGCUUCGCGGUGUCUACGCCUACGGUUUCGAGCGCCCCUCUGCUAUCCAGCAGCGCGCCAUCAUGCCCAUCAUCAAGGGCAACGAUGUUAUCGCCCAGGCUCAGUCCGGUACCGGUAAGACCGCUACCUUCUCUAUCUCUGCUCUGCAGAAGAUCGACCCCGAGGUCAAGGCUUGCCAGGCCCUUAUCCUUGCUCCCACCCGUGAGUUGGCUCAGCAGAUCCAGAAGGUCGUUGUUGCCAUCGGUGACUUCAUGUCCCUUGACUGCCACGCCUGUAUCGGUGGUACCAACGUCCGUGAGGAUAUGAACGCUCUCCGCGCCGGUCCCCAGGUCGUUGUCGGUACCCCCGGCCGUGUCCACGACAUGAUCCAGCGCCGUGUCCUCUCCACCACCGCCAUGAAGCUCUUCAUUCUCGAUGAGGCUGAUGAGAUGCUGUCCCGUGGUUUCACCGAGCAGAUCUACGACAUCUUCCAGCUCCUCCCCCAGUCCACCCAGGUCACCCUCCUUUCCGCUACCAUGCCCCAGGACGUCCUCGAGGUCACCACCAAGUUCAUGCGCGACCCCGUCCGUAUCCUUGUCAAGAAGCAGGAACUUACCCUUGAGGGUAUUAAGCAGUUCUACAUCGCUGUUGAGAAGGAGGAGUGGAAGCUCGACACCCUUUCCGAUCUCUACGAGACCGUUACCAUUACCCAGGCCGUCAUUUUCUGCAACACCCGCCGAAAGGUCGACUGGCUCACCGACAAGCUCACUGCCCGUGAUUUCACUGUCUCCGCCAUGCACGGUGAUAUGGAGCAGGGUCAGCGUGAUGUGAUUAUGAAGGAGUUCCGUUCCGGUUCUUCCCGUGUCCUGAUCGCCACCGAUCUGUUGGCCCGUGGUAUCGAUGUCCAGCAGGUUUCCCUGGUCAUCAACUACGAUCUCCCCGCCAACCGUGAGAACUACAUUCACCGUAUCGGUCGUGGUGGUCGUUUCGGUCGUAAGGGUGUUGCCAUCAACUUCGUCACCGCUGAUGAUGUUCGCAUGCUCCGCGAGAUCGAGCAGUUCUACUCCACCCAGGUUGAGGAGAUGCCCAUGAACGUGGCUGACCUCAUCUAA